AUGGAUUUCAUCCGCUCCGAGAUCCUAGGCACGAAGUUUGAGACGACCAUCAGGUAUGCCAACGUACGGCCAGUUGGCCUCGGGGCGUUCGGGCUCGUCUGGUAUUCUCUCCCUCAUCCCAUCACUACGCCGGGAAUGACCUGGUUGCGCGAGCUAACCUUUCACCUUAGCUCGGCGUACGAUCAGAUCACUCAACAAUCCGUGGCGAUUAAGAAGAUGAUGAGCCCGUUUGCCUCAUCCGCCAUAGCGAAACGAACCUACCGAGAAGUCAAGCUGUUGAAGAAACUACGCCACGAGAACCUGAUUGGAUUGUGCGAUAUCUUCAUUUCUCCCCUAGAAGACAUAUAUCUGGUGACCGAGCUGUUGGGGACCGAUCUCAGCCGUCUCCUCCGAUCGAAACCGUUGGAAAACAAAUUUGCCCAGUUCUUCAUGUAUCAGCUGAUGCGUGGAUUGAAGUACAUACACUCCGCGGGCGUCAUCCACCGAGAUCUCAAGCCGAGCAACCUCCUGAUUAACGAAAACUGCGACCUGAAGAUUUGCGAUUUUGGACUGGCGCGUGUGCAGGAACCUCGCAUGACCGGAUACGUCUCGACCAGAUAUUAUCGAGCCCCGGAGAUCAUGUUGACAUGGCAGAGAUACGGCGUCGAGGUGGAUAUCUGGAGCGCCGGGUGCAUCCUCGCGGAGAUGCUGCGGGGAGUGCCGUUGUUCCCAGGGAAGGAUCAUAUUAACCAGUUCUAUCUCAUCACCGACAUGAUCGGCAAUCCUCCCCUGGAGGUUAUCGAGAAGAUCACGAGCAAGAACACUCGCCAUAUUGUCGACUCAUUACCGCACAAGGAGCCGCGGCAACUCAAGACUAUAUUCAACGAGGAGGACGCGGAAGCCGUGGAUCUUCUAGAAAAGAUGCUCCUGUUCGACCAAUCUAAGAGAAUCUCCGCCGCCGAGUCCCUCGAGCACCCUUAUCUGGCUCCAUAUCACGAUCCUACCGAUGAGCCGGUAGCCGAAGAGAAAUUCGACUGGUCAUUCAACGAUGCGGAUCUUCCCAAGGAAUCGUGGAAAUACAUGAUUUAUUCCGAAGUCUUAGAUUUCCACAGCAUGGAGGCCCACUCGUCGGGUUAUAUGACGCAGGAUGACUUCGCCAGUGUCCUGGAGUUUGUUGACCAGAAUCAGUUUGCGGAAACUUGA